AUGGGUCACUCCUACGGAAAGAGAGCGGGCACCCGCUAUGCCUUCAGCCGGGACUUCCGCAAGAAGGGUAUGAUUGCCCUGAACACCUAUCUCCGACAGUACCGCGUUGGUGAUAUCGUCGACAUCAAGGCGAACGGUGCCGUCCAGAAGGGUAUGCCCUUCAAGGUGUACCACGGCAAGACUGGUGUCAUCUACAACGUCACCAAGUCUGCUGUCGGUGUCAUCAUCUACAAGCAGGUGAAGCACCGAUACAUCGAGAAGCGAAUCAACGUCCGAAUCGAGCACAUCCAGCAGUCCCGAUCUCGUGAGGACUUCCUCAAGCGAGUCAAGGCCAACGCCGAGGCCAAGAAGGAGGCCAAGGCCAACGGCACCGUCGUCCAGGUCAAGCGUCAGCCCGCUGGACCCCGUGAGGCUCACACACUGUCGCUCGCCGACAACCCUCCUCAGACCGUCACUCCUCUUCCCUACGAGACUACGAUCUAA